CUGUACUUUCCACUCACUCGCUACACUUCUAGAUUGGCUGAGCUACAAACAGGAAGGAUUAGCACACUCCAACAUUGUAGCAAUCUGCAACUACAAUGUGCAAGAUAAAGAGACAGUAGCUGUUAAGGAUCUAAAGCAAAAUGCAGUCUGGACUGCUUACUGUUAACACCCUAAAGACCCUUAAUCUGCGCUCCAUGAGUUCAUCAUGAAUGAUUGCUUUCCCGACCUCCCACUGCUUUAAAGAAGAAGAGGAAGUGUGCAAGAAUCAAGAAGACUCAAAAUGAGCAGCACUGACACAGUCUCCACCUGUCCUUACAGCAACACCACUGUAGCCCCUGGAAAAAAGAACGAAUCCUGCGUGGACUUUACAGCCUUCAUGGUGCUCACGGAAGGCCAGAAAAUUGUUGUCUUCUCAAUCUGUUUUGUUGUGGGGUCUCUGACUUUCCUAGAGAACUUGUUAGUCUUGUGCUUGAUCUUCUCCACCCAGUAUCUGAGAGGAAAGCCCUCUUAUCUGUUCAUCAGCAGCUUGGCUUUGGCCGAUCUGUUUGCUAGCAUUUUUUUCUCCUUCUUCUUUGUGGAGUUCCACGUGUUCAAGAACAUGGUUUCCACACCGAUGUUCUUGUUCAAGCUUGGAGGAGUCAUCAUGGCCUUCACUGGGUCCUUGGGGAGCUUGUUACUGACAUCUAUCGAUAGAUACAUAUGCAUCCACAAACCUUCUGAAUAUAAGACCAUCAUAACUCGGAAGAAUGCUUUAAUUAGCCUCGCUGUGUUGUGGACGACCAUAGCCCUCAUCUCUUUCCUGCCGCUCAUGGGAUGGAAUUGUAGCACCCUGAAUUCAGUGUGCUCCGAAUUGUUCCCUUGUGUAGACGAAACGUACUUAGCUUGCUGGCUGGCGUUUGUGAUUUCCUUGCUAGUGUUCAUAGUCUACGCUUACAUUCACAUCCUCUGGAAAGCACACAAGCACGCUGUAUACAUGGAAAAGCAUGUGAUCCAAAGCCGAAGCGGUAAAGCCCGAAUGAGGAUGGACAUCAAGCUGGCCAAGACAUUCGGUGUGAUUCUGGCCAUCCUGGUCUUUUGUUGGUCCCCUGUCCUGUCGUUCAUGUUUGUAGAUCUGUUCUCCAAGCUGGACAACAAGCUGAAGAUGGUAUUUGCAUUCUGCUGCACCCUGUGCUUUGUGAACAGCAUGGUCAACCCGCUGGUCUAUGCCCUGAGGAGCAAGGACAUGCUGCAUGUUCUCCUGGGGGUUGUGGCCAGGUGUCAUGAUCAAGCAACGUUCUUCUGGAGCAGUGUGGAAUCUGAUGGGCAACAGAAACCAAUCCAUCCAGACACUGUCUGCGAAUUGGUUGAGGUACCAUCACUCACAGACUGCAGAAAAACCUGAAGACCAAUUUCUGUUACAAAUGUGUACAGCAGUCCGGCCAGAAAUCCACACGAUGCUAAAGUAUUGCAAAAUUGUAACUAUGGCAUAGCUCUUAAAGGGAAAAUCUGUCUAUUUGUUUUUUGCUUUUCCCCUGGUUUAUAAAGUAAAUACCUUGUGCAGGUUUACAGAACUGGAUUAAUUUAACAGUAACACUUUUUGUCAAUGGGACACUGGACACAGCAUUCAUAGCACCUUCAUAAGGACCAAGUAAAACUGUAUAGCUUUGUGCAUACACUGUUAAAAUUGUCAUAAGCCAUUACAAGUAUUGGAAUGAGUAUUAAUAUAUUUUGUCAUGUGUUGUCACAAAAUGUGUAAUUUUAAUGUUAUACAAUGUGAUUAUUUAAUAGCUUUAAACACUGAUUGCUUUACAUUUUAUAAACACUUUUGGAAGGCACUAUAGAAUCUUGCAUAAUGUCUAAUUCAAACCAAGCAUUUUGUAAAUACCCCAUUAUUAAUUCACUAUAAAUAAGAGUCAGGUUUGCAAUAAGUAAAUGUACAGUCUAACCAAAUGAGAAACGAGCCAUCUCUUUAAUCGUCUUGUCUGACAGACUAACAUGCAGCCAGCCCUGAUACUAUCUUCUUACUAGUCUUUCAAAUUCCUGUCUUGCACUUUAGUACACAGAAAGUGCAUGUAAACUAAACUAUGAUAAUGCGCCUGUAUUCUAAUUAUUUUUGACUGUUGCCUAUAUGUUGAAUAACUUGUUUAUCACUGUUUGAAUGCAAUUGUUUGUUCUUAAUAUAUGAAUAUGUUUUCCUUUGAGACAUUCAUGAGAGACAAAAUAUGUAUUUGUCACAUUAAUAUCAGACAGUGAAUUCCUUUUACCUAUAAAAUCAAUAGCUAGACUCAUGAACGGACAGUCAAACACCCCCCUAUAUCCCUCGAAUAUGAUACUCUCAAUAAUUUAUCCUAAAUAAUGUUAAUACCAAAUUUCAUGACAAUUGCAUAAGCAGUUCUCAAGAUAUAUGCAAAGAUCUAAAUGUGACAUACAGACGGAUGUACAGACAGACAGACAUCUCCAUAUAUCCCCAGAAUCUGAUUCUCUCAAUAGCUUACGUUAAAUAACCAAGUUUCAUGACAACUGAAUAAGCGGUUCUCCAAAUAUAUGGAAAACUGUGUGACAUACAGUACAUACAUACAACCGCCUCCACUAUCUCUAACCAUCACAGCUGAUUAUAAUAAACCCAGCCUUGACACCAGCAAUAACUUGUCAAGCACACUAACCAGCACACAUGGGAUUGAACAGACAACACCUCCACACAUUCAACCUUCCAGCAGCCAUCCUUAAACACUCCAGCCUACUUAGUCAACAGGCUGUGAUUCCUCACACACAAUGGGCUGCCUCAGUCGUACCAAGAGAUUUGCAUAUUCAGGCUGCUUGUUGAUUGAUUGAAUGUUUUAAAAUGCUGAUUUUCCAUCUCACUCUUUGCAUUGUGUAAUUUAGCUUGCAAACGGCUGGCAGUUAUGGGAUCUGUAGAGUGACCAGCUGUGGCACGUGUGAUUAAAACCAGUCAGUGAACUAAGGGAAUUAAUGUACACCUGUUUUGGGGGUAAAUAGAUUUAUCUGAGUUCUCACAUCUGGAGGUUUCGGUUUGAAUCCAGCUUAAUAUAAAUCACAGUUAAUGUUAAUUGAUGGUAUUGUGUCCUUAUAGUAACAUUUUAUUAGGAAUUACUAAAGUAACUACUGUAUAACUACCUGUAUUUAAUAUUUUGUAAGCCUUUCAAAUAGCUGAAACUACAGUUUUAGUAGCUGAAAGCAUGGCUUGAAUCUUCUACAACUUUGUAAUUAAUUAAUCUAAAUGCCAUUGUCAUAUAAUAUCUGUAUAAGAGCAAAGUACAUUGGUUAAUCUAGAUGUGCUGUAAGGACUGCCUGGUCCCUAUUAAAUUAGACUAC